AGACAGCAGGCGUCUGUGUCACACAUUCGACAUCAAUGACGCUGCUCCCUGUUCGUCAUCCCACCUCAAAAAUUGUCGAUGCAUAAAAAGAACCAGAAAGUGAUGUGAGGAAGUUAGUUGCACAGCUCUGAUAAACGGACGGUAUAGAUUAUUUCACAAUCAGCUUUUGCCAGGAUUACUAUGGCUAAACAACUGUGUUGUGCCUGUCCAGUAAAAAGCAUCUGCAUCCUCCUUCUGCUUCUUUGCUUCAUAGAGUGCCUGGGGAACACAACUUGUCAAGAUAAGCAACCAAGUGGUCCUAGAGGAAGGACUUUUACCAGCAAAGUAAACUGUUCUGAAUUAAUUGAUUGCAAGGAGGAUCUUCUUAAUAGUUCUCUUGUGACACAGGCUGUUCCUGUAUUUUACUGCCUAAUUUUUAUAAUAGGAAUCCCAGCCAAUGGACUUGCUAUCUGGGUUUUAAUCACCAAGAUUAAAAAGUUGCCAGGUACAAUUUUCUUAAUAAAUCUGGCCUUUUCUGACCUGCUUCUCAUCUUGGUGCUGCCUUUUAAGAUUAUGUACUACUUCCAAGGAAAUGAUUGGAGGCUCAGUGAAUCUAUGUGUAGCAUAGUUACAGCAUUCUUUUAUGGGAAUAUGUACAGCUCCAUUCUGUUCCUAAUGAUUAUCAGUAUGGACCGCUACUUUGCUUUGGUUCACCCAUUUCAGGCCAAGGGCUUCCGGAGAAAAAGAUUUGCAGUUGCGAUUUGUAUGGGGGCGUGGCUAGUCAUCGCGCUUGCUAUGAUUCCACUGAUUACCUUUAAGCAGGCUUAUAGCUGCAAAAGCAAAGUAAGAACCAUAUGCCAUGACAUCUUGCCUGAAAACACAGUCUCUUUCCUCAGGAACUACUUUAUCUGCCUUGUCAGCUUGGGAUUUAUCCUUCCUUCUAUUGUAAUUGCAGUUUGUUACAGCUUGGUUUUGUACAGUCUCCGGCAAAGCCGCAGCCCUUGCCACCGUGCCGUGAAGGUCAUUGUCAUACUUCUCCUCCUGUUUUUGUUCUGCUUUCUCCCCAGUAAUGUAGCUCUCUUGGUUCACUACUCACAAAGCAUAAACAAAGACAUUGCUUAUUACUGGUAUAUUAUCUGCCUGGCUCUCAGUACAUGCAACAGCUGUCUUGAUCCUUUCAUUUACUACUACGUGUCAGAUGACUUCAGAGAAAAGAUGAUGGACUCAUUCCGGCAUUAUAGAACAGGUGCUUCACUGGAACAGUCAGGAUCUGCCUCUCAGGAGCUUGUUCAGUCCAAAUCCACUUCACAGAUGAGUGCACAGGCAUCCCAUAAUACCACCAUUCAAAGACCUGUGGUAUAAUCAGAUCAUGGCAUGCUCCAUAAGACAAAGCAGAGCAGCUACAACAUCUAAAUCCCCAGCGUUCGACUUACCUCUCAAUGGAGUGGACUGAACUGCUUGUAGAAUGCUGUGUGCAUGAUGUGAAUUUCUGGUAUAUAAUGUUACAGUGCAUGAAAUGCUAUGUAUGUUUCUGAGACGUCUGACAGCAUGCUUUUUAAUGAAUUACAUUUCUUUAUUUAUGAUGUUUAAAGGUCUCAGAAUUCAUAGUGAAGUCUUUCAUGGGUAUAUUAUAGAGUGAGGCAACAUUAGUAAGGGGUAGUGGGGUUCAUUAAAGAGGAGGAGAGGUUGAGUGAAUAGGCAGAGAUUGGGAAUAGGGAAAGGUAGAGGCUGUGAAUGAAUGUGUUGGAUAAUGCCAGGCCAAUUACAGAAUAAAGGGACCAGAAAGAACUGCUGCAAAUUCAAUGCAAACUAAUUAGGACAAAUUGAAAGGAUGGGAUUCUCCUCCAAAAAAAAAAACAAACAAACAGAUUAAGGCGAAGGCUAGUAGCAUCAUGUAUCAUCAUUUUUAGCAAUACAUGAAAAGGUGAUAUAAAACUGUAAAACUGACAGUACAGAGAAGGGUACAUAACAGGAAGGCAUAUGCCAAAAACAGCAGGCUAUUAGUUUUACCUCAGUAUUAUGGUACAUUAGGCAUCAAAAUCUGGCCACCUGUAUGUUAGUAUGGUGCAUUGUCAAAGAUGGCAUGCAUUCUCUGCAAGGGAAAAGUAUCAGAAGGACACUUGCAUGACCAGAGGAAAUAUACAUUAAGAGCUGUGGGUGUAACUUGCUUAGAAUUUAGAAAAAUUAGAGACAGAAAAAAAUGAAUAAAUAAGUUGUCUGCCUGAACAGUGAGUCUUUCUGUAUUGUCUGUGAAUCAAACUUUCUAUAUAAAGACAAAAGAGGGAAACAAUUAAUAGGCUGUUAUGGGGGGACUAAUGAGGGGACACUAUGUUCAUGGUUUGGAACUUAGCUUUUGUGUUUUGCUUUCAGGAAGGAGACUGGAUAAGGAGCGCUGGAGAAAGGGUGCCCAUUCCCUCUCCAUUUGAUAGAAAAAAGUAUAUCCCACAACUAAAAGAAAAAAAUUGGAGAGCAAAGGAUAUGGAAGGAAAACAAAAUCUAAAGGGUGGGGUGAGUGAUUAAAAUGUGAGCUGUAAAAAAACAAGAAUUUGCAUGUGAACAAUGGAAGAUAAGGUGUGCAGUGAAAUAGACGGAUACCUUCAUAGGGUAUAGCUGGCACCCGUCUGACAGACUAGAAAUACAUUCUUUUUGUCAGCUUAUUUAUAUGUAUGUAAAAGCACAUGGGAGUAGUAAUAUGUGAUGGUUUUAAAUUAGUCUGACAAUGUGCAAUGGUGAUCAGGAUGUUGGCAGCAGACCCUGUUUGAAAUACUGGCAGCACUUCUGAGGAACCCCCUCUGCCAAAAAAAAAAUGUGUAUUAAACAUGCCCAUGGAAGAAUAAGUAAGUAUGUAGUAAGUGUGCAGCAGAAUUAAUGCAAAGAUUAAAGGUGGCUGCAGCAGUGAAAAGUGAAGAGGAAUAAAGUUUAUAGCAUACCGUGGGUGUACUCAGGAAGGGAGAUGAUAACUUUCAUAAAAACAAAGGUGCUGAAGGACAAUAGGGUACAGCUUAAAGGUAAAAGGAGAUGUGAAAAACAGUGCAAAGACAUAUAUUCCUACUACUUAGUCAGUGUUAGAUGCCCAGGACAGCUUUCUGAUGUGAUAACGUGUUCUCUGAAAAUGGACCUAGUAAACAUAGUCAAGGCAUCAAAUAGCUGUAGUUAGGGGAAAUGUUAAAACUGUUUCUUAGUUAUCACAAAUAGUUAAAACUGUUACUUAGUUAUCACAAAUAGUUAAAACUGUUAGUUAUCACAAAUCGUUAAAACUGUUACUUAGUUAUCACAAAUAGUUAAAACUGUUACUUAGUUAACACCUACAGGUUAUCUAAUAGGUAUCAAUGGGAGCAAGCAGGAUAGGUUGGUUGUUCUUAUCUGGUGACAAAAUGAAUACUUCUUUGGUUUGUAGCAUCAGCUUUUUCAGUGUAUAAUCAUGUGUUUGUCCACAGUCUGAGAAAGAAUCAGCAGGUGUCAGAUAUACUUCCUUGUUUUGAAUAUUGUAUCACGUGCCAUUUUCUAUAAAGAAGACAACACUAAAAGCUGUGACUGGGGUGAAGGCGUAUGCUAACCACAUAUCUGUGUCAGUCAGGAGAGAUGAGACAGGAAAACAGAACUGGAAUAUUCCUCUCAGCUGCUGCAGAAGUUGGCAUUAGUGGAACUCAAGUGAUGCUGUGUUGGUGUAAAGUUUCAUUACUACUGACAAUGUAAUAUUUAUUGGCGUAAAUAUUUGUUAUUGCUGAGGAUACUAUAAUUUAUAAAAAUACAGAUGGGGAGACAAACACCAGGUUUUGCAUCUUUUCUAAUUAUUGCAGUUAAAAUAAGAAAAGAGAUUAUUUUUCAGAAAUAUAGAUAUAUAUGAAAAGCAGUGUGCUGAGUGAAGGGAUGAUGUACUGCAACAAUUUCAUGUUUUUUACUGCUGUAAUCCACACUUAAAUAGAAAUAGGAACUGCAGUAUUGCUACAUAUCUAUAUUGCAAACCUAACCUAAUAAUUCAGACAAGUCAGUGAAUGAUUAAAAAGGGUUUCUGUCGGAUGUUUAUUUCUCUCUUUCUUAUAACUACUGCCUGAAUCAUGGCAAAGGUUUACAAGAGACCACAAGGUAACAUAAAACCAUUAAAUAUAAUUUUAGAGA